AUGGGGGACGAACUCUACCCGAUCAACCUCUUGACCGAGGAGAUGCGCACGGAUGAGACCGAGACGCGGAUCCGCAGCAUGCGCCGGCUCCGCACGGUCGCGCAGGCGCUGGGCCCGGACCGCACGCGCUCCGAGCUGCUUCCGUUCCUGUCCCAGUCGACGGACGAUGAAGACGAAGUCCUUGUUGCGAUGGCCGAAGAGCUCGGCGAAUUCGUCGACUUGGUCGGUGGCCCCAGCAGCGCGUCGGUGCUGCUUGGCCCGCUCGAGGUGCUGGCGACCGUCGAAGAGACGGUUGUCCGCGACAAGGCGGUCGCGUCGAUCCAAAAGGUCCUCGAAGUGGUCACGGACGCCGGGGAGCUCGCCUUGCCGCUCGUCAAGCGCUUGACCGAAGGUGACUGGUUCACGUCGCGCGUGUCGGCCUGCUGGCUCUUCCCCGUGCGUACACCAAGGUGGACGCUGGGAGCAAGAAGGAGCUCCGCGAGUACCCUCUACACGACGCUCUGCGGCGACGACACGCCCAUGGUCCGCCGAGCGGCUGCGUUGAACAUUGGUAAAUUUGGCGCCAAGAUGGAGAAGGAUAUCUUUGUGAGCACGAUCCUACCGCUCUUCAAGGUCCUCACGGGCGACGACCAAGACAGCGUCCGCCUCUUGGCGAUUGAAAAUUGCGCGUCGAUCGCCAAGCUCCUCACCGAAGACGAGAACACGCAGCACGUGCUCCCCGUCGCGCGCUCGUCGUGCGAAGACCGCUCGUGGCGCGUGCGCUUCAGCAUCGCCAAGGACUUCUUUCCCCUGGCCGAGGCCAUGGGCGCGAGCAUCGCGGAAGGCGAGCUUCUCCACCACUUUGUGCAGCUCAUCCAGGACGCCGAAGCCGAAGUCCGCGCCGCGGCCGCCAAGAACAUCUCGGGCUUUGCGAGCUUGAUCAAGCUCAACACGUUCAUGGCCGAGGUCUUUCCCCAGAUCCAGCCGCUCUCACAGGAUGUGGCCCCGAACGUUCGCACGGCUGUCUCGAUCGUGUGCAUGGAAAUCGCCCCCAAGCUCGGCGAGGACGUGACCAAGGCGUCGCUUGUCCCGAUCAUGCUCCAGUUCCUCCGCGACGACGUGGUCGACGUCCGAUUGAACGUCCUGAAGCGCAUGAGCGCCGUCUCGCCGUGGAUGCAUUCGUUUGAAGGCACGCUCUUGCCCGCGAUCACGGACCUCUCCAAAGACUUGCAGUGGCGCGUCCGCGAAGCGGUCAUCCUCGCGCUGCCGUCGCUUGUGAGUUCGUUGGGCGCAACGUACUUUCAGGAGCACCUCCUCGAGAUGUUCCUCAACGCGUUCCAAGACAUGGUCAGUGAAGUCCGCUUGAGCACGACCAAGAUCCUCCAGGAGAUCCUCCACGUGGUUGGCAGCGAGUACAUCCUCGAGAGCAUCUUGCCCAAGCUCGCGCAAAUCUACGACAGCUCGAUCAUCUACCAAGAGCGUGUCAACGUCUUCCACGCCCUCACGCAACUGGCGUGCGACAAGACGUCGCCGGACCUGAUAGGAGAGAUGACGACCUUGUCGAUCCGCGGCGCGAACGACAAGAUCCCGAACGUCCGGUUCACGGUCACCAACACGCUCGAAGUCUUAGGAAAGCACACGGACAACCCGGCGUUGACGGGCCAGAUCAAGUCGUGCUUGGCGCACCUCCAAACAGAUACCGACCCGGAUGUGAAAUAUUUCGCCUCGGCCGCGCUCGAGAGCGUCUCGGCGUAG